GUCGAAUCUUAUGGAUAGUGGCUUGGAUGAUAUUCGAGUGCCGAUUUUGCAGCCAAAACAGACGGAUGCGAUUGCCCUUCGUGCGAAGCUUGCUGCUGGGACUGGUGGACUUCUUGAUGGUGGACUGGACGACCUCAUGAUUCCUGUGUUGGAGCCGGAGCGAAAGCCUACUCCCGACGUUCAACCCCGUCAAAACAACGCUAUCCCAACUGGACCGAGAAGUAAAAUAGCAACAGGGCCUUGGGAUGGAAAGAUUCGCUGGGCCAUCAAGGGAUGUAGUGUCUUCGAGAAUGAUAACGAUGAACUCGACGCCUUUAUGUAUCGUCCCAAUAUUCUCUCCCGCGAGCCCGUUGCCGAUCUCUGGGUAUUUCAGUAUGGCAUACGAUAUGUCCCUGCCAAACGAGAGAAGGAUGUCUAUCGAACUGUCAAGAUCGAAAACUUUCCAAUCAAAACGGACAUGGGUCAGAUCUUAUCCAUGAUCCCUGGGGAGAUUUACUCCGCCCGUCUGCUCAAGACAAGCCAUUUGACGGGAUCACCGACCGCGAUCGUAGUUUUUGUGACACAGAACGAUGCAAUGGGAUUCCUCGGUCUUUCUCGAGCGGGACUACGUAUUGGGACUGCUAUGGGUAAAGCCCGGGUCACUCUUGUUAACACACCAACAUAUCCGAUGACUGCUGAGAUGCAACGGUUGAUCAAGGAAGGGUACACUAGGACUUUAGCUAUCUACGGCCCUCGUGAGUCUCUCACGGCAGAGGUCUGUCGGGUGCUGAAGAAAUCGGUUUACUGCGACUAUAUUGAACGUGUCAAUGAUGGUCACGUGGCCGGGGAGGUCUUUAUUCGGUUCCACGGAAUCAAGAUGGCAGCCGGGGCAUAUGAGCUCUUCAAAGUACAUCCCAGUUUUCGGCAGUGUAAAUUUAGGUUUUUGAAGGCUUCUAGCAACAAUCAGACUGGAUCGAUGGGAUAGGUGGCGGGAAUUCGAGCUGGGCUUGAGGAACUGUAUCUCCAAAAGACGAUUUGUCAACUUAAUUCAAGAUAGCGAACGUGGGUGUUUUAUCUUCGGGGUUUGGGAUUAUUCUGCUGCGAGAUGCAAGUUAGGGUGUGCCGUGCAUUGCAGACUAGCAGCAUCACUGCAUUAGCACCCUUUUAGACGAGAAGAUAGUCUGGAUAAAAAAUUCAUACAAGCGAC